AUGGACUCUGGCAGCACUCUGACCAUAACGAGCAUAGUCGCACACAUCGAUCACGGAAAGACGUCUGUUAUAGACAGCCUGAUUGCAUCUCAGGGACGCAUCUCAAAAACACUUGCAGGCUCAAUCAGAUUUCUGGACACAAGAGAGGAUGAGCAAGUAAGAGGAAUAACCUUGAAGCUAAGUGCAAUAUCUCUUCAGCAUGCUGGGCAACAGCAUAUAUUCAUAGACACACCAGGACAUGUUGACUUUGAAGCAUUAAUCCAGGUAAGCUCCAUAUUGUCAAAUAGUUUUCUUAUUCUCAUAGACAUCAACGAGGGAAUAACACCCAGGACACUUUCACUUGUUAAGUACACGAAGGGAAAGCGGUGUGUGCUGAUGAUCAACAAAAUAGACAAGAUCAGCACGUCUGAAGAGAUGUACGGCAAGGCCAUGGCAGUUGUGUCUGCAAUCAAUGGACUGGUUGGCAAAGAUGUAUUUGAAUGGACAAGAAAUAAUAUUAUAUUGUGCUGUGCAACGAUGUGUUAUGGAAUCAGCAAUUCAGGUUUUGAGAGCGUUGUGCAAACAAAAGGGACAAUCAAGGAUGCAAUCAAAUUUAUUUUUCAUUUGCAUAAACGAAUCGAUAAUGGAGAUAUAGGCAGACUGCAGGAAAGAUUCAAUAUAUGCGGUCGAAGCAAGAAAAACAUACUUUCUACAGUUCUUCCGCUGUCUGAUGCAAUAUUUAAUUCAGUGAAGUGUGAUAGAAUUGAUGAAUGGAAGCUGUUUCUACAGUCUGAUGCUGUAAAUCUAAGAGCAAUGCCACAGUGUGAAGCACGCUCGCCUUCAGUGAUGGGCGUAACAGUAUAUUCAGUUCUGAAGAAUGCUGGAAUGUAUUCAAGAGACUCGCUGCUUUUUGUAACACGGAUCUUCCAUGGCACAAUAAAAACUGACCAGACGUUGUUUUCUAUCAACCACGAAAGCACAGUUGAAUUUGUUGUUGAAGGUUUGUAUUGCUUUGGGAUAAAUGAACUAAUUGAGGUAGAACAAGCAUCGGGACCUGCAUUGGUGUGCAUCAAAGGGAAUUUGAUGAAGAAUUCAUUGGUUAUGGAUGUUCCCACGCAUUCGAUGGAUUUCGAAAGCAAAGUCACGCCUUUCUACAAAUUCAAGGUUGUUCUUGAAGAUCCUCAGCUACUAGAUGAGUUGAAGAGUGUUCUGCGCGUGAUGUCAUGUACAGAGCAAUUUCUCAAGGCAAAGGUCAACAAAUAUGGAGAAGUGGAGGUCUCAUGCACAGGAAAGGUGCAGUCUGAAAAAAUCAUCACUGACCUAACAUAUUUAGGAUUUAAGUUUUCUGUAAUGGGUUUAGAUGAUCGCUUCUGUGAGUAUGCGAUUGAUUACUCGAGUGACGUAUUUGAGAUGGGCAACCUUAUACUCAAAGUUGAGGUAUGCAAGUCAAUCGGAGAUGAUGAAUGCUUCAUCCAGCAUAAAGGAUGGAGAGACAGUGAUGGAAAUGAGUUUGUUGUGGUAUCUGAUGUAUUCAUACAAACAAUCAGUAGUGUUCUUGAAACAUUUGCUUCAUGUGGCCCGCUAAUCAUGGAGAGGAUCUGCCAAACAAGAUUUGUUGUUGAUUUACAAGGAUACGCUGAAGAUAUUCAGACUGAUAUAGUUUAUUCAUUUGUCAGGCAGUCUAUUUCAUCAGUGUAUCUUUCAUGCAAGCCAAUGAUAUCUCCAUCAUUUUAUGAGUGCACCAUAUCUAUGCAAGAGGAAUUUGUUGGAGAAACAUAUAAGUCUCUUUCUAGGCACUAUUGCAUUGUACAGCGGGAGGAGUAUGAGGAAUCCACUGGGUUCUGUGUGAUUGUUGCGUUUGUUCCACAGCUACAAUACUCUAUGUUUCUAGAAGACAUUAAAAUCAAAACCAAAGGAACAGGAUAUCUGCUUCUGAAGGAAAAAGGAUACAUGUGUGUCCAGGAUGCCAUGUUCAACAAGCAUAUUGAUGAGAUAAGAAAGAAGAAGGGAAUGAUGACUGAAGAAAAGAUUGUGCAAGAGGCAUCCAAGCAGCGAACACACAAGAAAUAA